ACCUCAUAUUGGACUAGUCCAACAUGGUGGAACGAUGGUGUGAUGGGUGAUUGUUGUUUACGUUUCAAUUUUGCCGUGUGUGAGGCGUAAAUCUUUACUUUGGACUGUGUUAUGUUUUCUAAACAACUUGCAAUAGUAGGUGGAGCGGCUGCCGCAGUUUUAGCAAGUGUUUACGUUUUCUGGGGUCCAGGCGAGAGAAAGAAACCCAAGAGAAAAGACCACUGUCGAGGUCUUGAGAAUCUUGGCAAUACCUGCUUCCUGAAUGCCGUUCUUCAGUCCUGGGCGGCAUGUCCCACAGUCCUUUGCUGGCUACACAACUUCCUGUCCAGGAAUUCGAAGCUGGCACCAAAAUCAUGUUUUACAUGCAUUCUAUGUACUUUUUCUUUCCCAGUUGUCAAUGACAACACACUGGAUGGCACUGAUCCAUACAGUCCAGGGGAGGUAAUUUCAGCUCUGCGGCUCAGAAGAUGGGUUAUAUCUCCAGAGGAACAGGACGCCCACGAGCUGUUCCAGGUGUUGACAGAGACACUGGAUGAAGAGACAUCCCAGUAUCCCAGGGUCGUGUCUCUCUUUGACAUACAGGCUAUUCAGAACCCUUGCAAUAAAUACCAACCUAAGGGACUUGCAAUGACCCGUAGCCAGGGUCUCCUACCUGUCCUCCCUCACCGGGAAAUGGAACAUCCCUUCCGAGGCCUCCUGGCCAGCCAGUUACAGUGCCGAGACUGUGGCCAUCGGUGCCCUGUCAAGUAUGACCUCUUCAACAGCCUGUCUCUCAGCAUACCAGCCAACUUCUGGGGCCCUCUCAGUCUGGACAUGCUCCUCCACCAUUACAUCUGCCCCGAGAUGGUCAAGGACGUUCAGUGUCCUGGAUGUGCCAAGAUAGCCGGCACCAAAGAUCCUUCAAUGUCACCGAAAUCGUGUUUUAAGAAGAAGUUAACUAUAGGAAAGGUGCCUCAGUGUCUGUGCAUUCACAUCCAGCGCACACAGUGGCUCAACAACAGCAUCCCCGUCAAGCGCUACGACUUCAUCUCCUUCCCCGAAGUUCUUCACAUGGACAGCUACGUCUACAUGAAGGGCAAGAGGAAGGACAGUGACAAUAAGAAUGGCCUUUUCGGGGGAAAGGAUGCAACACUAGACCUCCUCAGGUUUGGUAGCAAUAAUGGACGUUUCGUUUCGCAAUCAGCUCCCGUAAAUUUGUUACGUGCUCUCAACUACGACAGCCACACGACAAAGAACGGGCUGUUCCUGCAACCACCGUGUCCAUUAAGUUUACCCAACACCCACGGAGACGUCAACCACAACGGACCCGACCUACCCAAACAGACAGAAUUCACCUACAGACUCUCUAGCGUUGUCGCGCAUCUCGGGGACGAGUUGUCCGGACAUUUUGUCACAUAUAGACGCAGCCCUUUGUGCGGACAGGCGGGUAAAAGCAGUGAUAAAUGGUUAUAUACAUCCGACGCAAAUGUCCAGAGGGCAUCCAGGGAACAGGUGCUGGGUUCGGAGGCUUACAUGCUGUUCUAUGAAAGGAUUUGACGAAAGGGAGUUUGAUAUUAUUUUUUGUUUGAGAGUGGGAUGUGAGACUGGUAGAUGUAUAUAGUUUGUGUGUUGAGACUGGAAUGAAGAUGCAUGUUUGCAGACGGGGAAUAGUCUCAGAUUUACAAUGUUCGGAUUGUGUACUGGAUCAUAUUUUGGUUCAAUCAUCAUUUGGUUCAUGAUUUUGACCAAGAAGCAGUAAGAAAUGUGGAUGAUAUGUAUAUUAUUUGUAUAUCACUAUUGCAUAAAAUUUUGUAGGUUGGCAUUAAAUUAAUGAUGAGAAUAUGAGGGACAUUCCUGGGAUUUGAUUACAGAUUAUAAGGAUCAGAACAUGUUAUUUUCAGCUGGAUAAGCUGUUUUGGUUGUCUUGUGUGUUGACGCUACUGAAGAUGAUAAUGUUCUUUCAAACAAAAUAUGAUAUUCGUAGACAUAGGUGUAUAAUCAAUUUAUCUGUUGGGAUCAGUAACACCGUCACUGGUAGCCAUCCAUGAAAAUCCUCAGUAGAAUUGGUCUU